AUGACAGCCAGGAAGGAAUAUAGAGAACUUGCCACUCGGGAGUACUGGGACAAGUACUAUGCCGCGGCCAAAAAGUCCAAUGAAAAGGGGCACGAGUGGUUUCGCACCUACGAGCAGCUGAAGCCUUUUUUCGCUCGCAAUCUCUUUAACCGGGAGGGAUUGCAAGUCAAGGAUAACCCCAUGAUUCUGCAUCCCGGGUCCGGAGAGAGUGACAUUCCCCUGUGGCUAGCGAAAGAGGGCUACAAACGACAGCUAUGCUUCGAUUUCUCGAAGGAUAUCGUUGAGACGAUGAACGAAGUAAUAAGCAAAAUGAAGGAUGCGAACGAGAUAGAGAACAUAGAAUACCGAGAAAUGGACGCUUUUAAUAUGGAAGGAAUACCUGACAAGUCCAUCGACGUUGCGUUCGACAAGGGCAUGAUGGACUCUCUUAUCGACGGCGAUCCUUGGAAUCCCGGCCCCGAAGUCAGAAGAGAUACGAGGAACUACCAGAAAGAGCUUCACCGAGUGCUGAAGGAUGACGGAGUCUUUCUCUACAUCACUUUCAGACAGCCCCAUUUCGUAGAGCCAUUGUUGAUCCCGAACGAUUCAGAGAUCUUGUGGGAUCUUCAUAAGGAGGUUCUGAUAGACAAUGCCGCCUCCUUGGGCUACUUCGCGUGGGUGAUCAGGAAGAAAGGCGCUCCUGUUCGGCCGCUGGUCGAAGCUCCAUCCGAAACAAAAUCAGACGACCAAGACUCAUAG